UACCCAAUUCCAAGCAGUAAAACAAGCACAAUUUUCGAAAAGGAAAAAAAAGUAAAGAGAACGAACGGAGAAAAAAGAAGAAAACAAAAAUCACGAGAAAAUCAUACGUGCUUCGGUGGUCUAAUGGAAUAAAAAAACAGCAAAAAAUAAUCAAGAAGAAGAAGCAAAAAAAUACUUUCCUUUGCAAGUCAAAUAAAACAACAAGGGAAUGUAGAGUGACAGGGGAGAUAUGUUGAAAUGCGUACAUUGAACAGAACGAUACAUAUCCAGUGAGAAGCACCGAUACACACGGACACACACACACACACAACUGAGCUGCAAAAAGAAAACGUCGAUCAAUACAUAUCAGUUUCUUAUGAAUUACCACUGGAACGAAACACAACAGUAACAACAACAAAAAUACUAACAGCAACAACAACAAAAACAAAUAAACAAACAAAUCGUUGAUAUCCAUAUUUUUGAAAUCUAGUCAUAACAUUUAGAAUCCUAGUCUUUUAUUCAAAAUAAUCAGUCUCAAAACCAACAAAAAAAAGAAGAAGAAGAAGAAGAAGAAGAGUAGAAACAAAAAACCAAAGCAACAACAAAACUCAAAAGAAAUCGUAGUCAUGAUAUCACGACUGGUGCCGUUAUUUUCGUUUACAUUUUGUGUAACACAAUUAUUUACACCUGCACAUGGAAUUAUCGAUCGACUGGUCGUACAAACGAGCUCUGGACCGAUUCGCGGUCGUUCAGUGAAAGUGGAAGGUCAUGAGGUACAUGUUUUUACCGGCGUUCCGUUUGCUAAGCCACCAAUUGAUGGACUACGAUUUAAAAAGCCUGUUCCGGCUGAACCGUGGCACGGUGUAUUAGAUGCAAGCCGACUUCCACCAACGUGUGUUCAGGAAAGGUACGAAUAUUUUCCAGGAUUUCAAGGCGAAGAGAUGUGGAAUCCGAAUACAAAUAUUUCUGAAGACUGCUUAUAUCUGAAUCUUUGGGUGCCAGUCAAACCGAAACUUCGACAUGGGAGAAAUGCAAAUGGAGCUUCUGGCCAUAAUGGUGAGCACGAGCAUACUACACAUGGAAACGAUGAAACACAAACAAAACCAAACGGUUUAGCGAUGUUGGUAUGGAUUUAUGGCGGUGGCUUUAUGAGCGGUUCAUCCACACUCGACAUUUAUAAUGCUGAAAUACUUGCGGCCGUUGGCAAUGUCAUCGUUGCAUCCAUGCAAUACCGAAUCGGUUCAUUUGGAUUCUUGUAUUUGGCACCAUUGUUGCCUGGGCGAGAAGAAGAAGUACCAGGCAAUGUUGGAAUGUGGGAUCAGGCGUUGGCGAUUCAUUGGUUGAAAGAUAAUGCAAGAGCGUUCGGCGGAGAUCCGGAUUUGAUUACAUUAUUUGGCGAAUCAGCUGGUGGUAGUGCAGUUAAUCUGCAUCUUCUAUCGCCGGUCACAAGGGGACUUGCUCAUCGCGGUAUUAUCCAAUCUGGUACACUGAAUGCCCCUUGGAGUCACAUGGAGUCUCAAAGAGCCGUCGAAAUCGGUCUCGCUCUUAUCGAUGAUUGUAACUGUAAUUCGACAAUGCUGAAAGAACAGCCAACAGUUGUGCUUGAUUGCAUGCGAAAGGUGGAUGCAAAAACGAUAUCUGUGCAACAAUGGAAUUCGUAUUCAGGUAUUUUGGGCUUUCCAUCAGCACCAACUGUAGACGGUGUAUUUAUGCCAGCCGACCCAAUGACCAUGUUAGAAGAGGCUGACUUAAGCGGCAUCGAUAUAUUGGUUGGAAGCAACAAAGACGAAGGCACAUACUUUCUGCUGUACGAUUUCAUCGACUACUUUGAAAAAGAUGCGCCAACAUCGUUGCCGCGGGCCAAAUUCCUCGAAAUCAUGAACACAAUAUUCAACAAACAUUCGGAGCCUGAGCGAGAAACCAUCAUUUUUCAGUACACCAAUUGGGAGAAUAUAAAUGAUGGCUUUCAAAACCAAUAUCAAGUGGGUCAAGCGGUCGGCGACCAUUUUUUCAUAUGCCCAACCAACGAGUAUGCGGCCGGUAUGACUGCACGGGGAGCAUCUGUCCUUUACUACUACUUUACACAUCGCACCAGCACAUCACUCUGGGGAGAAUGGAUGGGCGUUUUACACGCUGAUGAAAUUGAAUACAUAUUUGGACAGCCACUAAACAAUUCACUGCAGUAUAGAGAUCGAGAGCGUGAACUUAGCCGUCGAAUGGUGCAAGCUGUUAGCGAAUUUGCUCGAACUGGCAAUCCAGCGUUGGAGGAUGAAGAAUGGCCUGAGUAUAGCAAGGAAAAUCCAAUUUAUCGAAUUUUCAAUGCCGAAGGUGAUGGAAAGCAUCAAAAGGAACAUUUCGGCAAAGGACCAAUGGCCUCAGCCUGUGCAUUUUGGAAUACAUACUUACCACGACUUAAGACAUGGACAGAUGCAAAUAAUUUGCCAUGUUCGGAUUCAGUUCAAAGUAACAAAGCAGCAACGCCUACAGAACUUAGUUUAUCUAUUGGCCUUAGCGUGAUUUUAAUGAAAUUAAUUCAAAAUCAUCUCACAGGGAUAUAAAGAGGGUGACAACGCCAACAAAUUUCGAUGAUGAAUAACAAAACAAUGCAAAGCAAAGAAAUUCAACUUUGAAUUUUUUUCUAUUGGACAACGUUCAAUAAAAUGAUUCAGUGAAAUUGGAUUGAAGAGAAAAAAACCAAAAACCGAAAAGUUAAGAAAAAACAAAACCAAAAA